AUGAGCUGGCUCCAUGCUCACUUCAGAGACAGAGGUUCUCGCAGAGGACCCUCUUCAGAGACAAAAGCAAUGAAAAGGCAGAGUUCUGCUCAGGAGCAAGAGAUUAUUGAAUUACGGGAACAUAAUGUGGAGGAAAGUGAGACUGAUCGUGACAAGCCUCUAAAUGCUCAAACGAGAAAGGAGAGAGAUGCCUGGAAAUCAUGCAGGAAUGUAGUUUUCUGGAAGUGUAAACUAUGGAUGGUUAUAUCUACAAUAUUUCUAGUGAUCUUCCUGGUCAUUCUCAUCAGCCUAAUUCUUUAUUCUAAUGUUUACACAGAUGAGGAUGACUACUGGGAUCCUGAUGAAUUACUAAGCAAUGGAAAUUUUCAUAAUUUUUCAGGAACAUUGGAGUUAAUGUGUGGUCUCCCACACUUCUCCUCCGAGGACAUUACUAAGAGGCUAACAGAGGUCUACAGCUCGUCUCCAGCUUUAGGACGUUACUUUAGGUCAGCUCAGGUGAUUUCUUUCAGUAAUGAAAGCUCCACCGUAAUUUAUCAGCUAGUGUUUUCUGUACCACCAUCAACAGAGGGAUUUAUAGAAAACAGUAUGAACCCAGAUUUUAUAAGGAACAUUUUACGUCAAAAUAUUUAUGAUGAAGAUACUCUUAAUCCUGGGACAUCUGAAUGUGACAGGUUAAAGCUCAACCCGACUUCUCUCACAUAGAAAUUAUGGAAAGAUUCUUCAUCUUCAUCACUACCUUGAAGAGAUGCGAUUCCCUAUCUACAAGUAAUCCCAGGGCAGGGAACUAUUCAUUAGCCUCCUUGGAUAAGGUGCUCUUGCUCUAUUUUUCUCUUCUUCAAUGUGAAAUACAAAAGAAGAAAGCAACAGCAUGAAGAGACAUGUCUUGUUCACUAAUGCAGCUGAAUGUCACAGGAAUAUUUUAAGGGUUGAAUUAGCAGUGUGCUUUUACAGUUAGCUAUUGCUACUAGUGAAUAGAUAGAUACUUGACCUGUUUUUGUAAAUCUGAAGACUAGUCUAUAUCCUUAAUUAUAGUUCCUGCCUAGCACUGGGAUAAAAAUGAACAGAUGUAAGGUAUUUGCCUUAAUAAGGCAGUAAAUAGUAGCUCUUGUUGAUGAGAGACCAGAGGAAAUGAAUCAGUGCCAAGAAGAUGGUGCUGGAGCAGAAGAGAUAGGCCAGAGCGGCGCAAAAGUUACAGGCAGCAACUGGCUAUAACAUAAAAAUUAAGCAUUACCUUUAUGCAGAAUGGAACAUAUUCACUACCAUGUGAGUGAACUACAUCUUGUCAUUUAUUUAUAGUCUUAUAAAUGUUAGUAC